ACUCAGUUACAGAUUUGCAUUGCUAGUGUCAGUAGUAGUGUGACAGUUGAGUAAAUCCAUUGUUACUUACAAUGACUAGAGAUAUAUAUAUUUAUACUUGUCAAAGCAUUUUAUCUUAGCUGGUGUUUGAUGCAGACUUAGAAUUCUGUAUUUACAUUAAAUAAUCUGUGGUUUUGACAGUUGACAUUUUUGAUCUCGGAGUUAAAUAUCUUAUACUCCUACUGGAACCAGAUGAUUUGGAUAUUCUUAUUGUAAGUUUUCAGUUUUAUAAGUGAUUGAUUGGCAUGUAUUAUUAACAAUCAGGGAUUUGCGAUCAGGACUGAUCGUAUUUUCAUCUUGGAAUUCAACCAACAUUUAUGUGAUGAAAAAUUCAAGAUUAGAUUUCAAGCGUGAUCAGAAGUAAAUAAGCAAAAGCUGAAAUUAAAACGAAUCCGAUUCCGGAUCAUGUAAAGUCAUUGUUGAUUAAGCCAAGAAGCUAGGUAUUAUAUGUCAGCGUGGACAGAUCUUAGAUAACGGAAUAGUUCAGAGUUUUAUCUUAUCAAUAGUUGUAUAGCUAUAUGAUAUAUACCUAAUGUGAAUAGAACGUGUACUGUGGAGAUUGACCUUUUUUGACUUUCCUUAACAUCUAGUCCAAAAUGCCGGUUGUCGACAUACCGGAUGCCUCUGGUAAACAUCUCAGAUUGCUCGAAUUCAAUGGUAAACUUUACCCAAACUUUCCAGCAGAAGUAAUUACCAACAUUAAAUCGUUAAAACUACGUGAAGAUGACGUCAUUAUUUCAGCCUACCCUAAAUCAGGAACACAUUGGUUGUUUGAAAUAUGUCGAAUGUUGCUGGCAGGCCGAACUGAUUUAGAAGUCAUUUCUAAAGUCGACUUUAUGAUUGAAUUGAUGGAACAGGAUAUAUUAGAUCAGGCCAAAUCACCACGUGUUCUGAACAGUCAUGUUGCUUUCAGCGACUUGCCAACUGAUCUGGCUGUGAAGAAACCCAAGAUAAUCUAUAUUAGAAGAAACCCGAAGGAUGUUGCCGUCUCGUUCUACAACCAUUGUUACCGAAUAUCCGAGUUAUAUGACUACAGAGGCGAAUUCAAGGAUUUUAUUGAAUUAUUUAUAAACGGAAAAGUUGAGUACAAUUGUUGGUAUAAACAGGUUUUAGAUUGGGAGAAAGUCAUUGAUAACAACAUGGAGUAUUCUAUAUUACAUUUAACAUAUGAAGAUCUUAAAGCGGAUCCAAUAGUAGAAAUCAGAAAAAUAUCAGAUUUUUUACAAGUUAAAAGAAAUGAAGAAUUAAUCGAAGAAAUAUGUGGUCUGUGCUCCUUCUCUAAAAUGGAGAAAAGAAAGGGCCAUAUUCUCGCUGAUGAAAAUGGCAAAUCUAAAAUAUAUAGAAAGGGUGAAGUGGGUGAUUGGAAAAACUGGUUUACGGUAGCACAAAGUGAAAGAUUUGAUCGAAUCUAUCGGGAGAGAAUGGUCGGAUCAAAAUUAAAAUUUAGAUAUUCUUUAGAGGACGAGGAUUGCACAAAAUGAUUAAGACAGACAACAUUCCUCGUGUAAUGACUACAAAUGACACCGACAAAUCGGCACAUUUAAGACCCAGUUGUUCCCCUUUAACCACAGAAUUGGUUCAAUAAAUUACUGCUUCGGC